GAGUCCGACGUUCGCAGUAAACGAAUCGAAAACAGUGUUAAGCAAAGAAAAAAAAAACCAAGUGUUAACAAUUCACAAAAUGUACGCCAAAGUGUGUGUAUUACUUUUGGCCAUUGGCCUGAGCCAGGCGGUGCCUAAGUCGCUGUUGCCCGAUGUGGGCCUCAUGCAGUUUAUGAUGAAAUCACGCGAUCUUAGCCAAGAUAAUCCCGCACGUUCGCUGUCCUGCUUCGACACCUACCUGCCCUUGCUGAACGACAUAUCCCAGAAUUUCCAGAAGGCUUAUGCCCAGUGCCUAGCGACGGCUGACGCAGCACGCGAGGGCAUCGAUGACACCACCAAGGAUGAUCGCAACCAGAUCGAUUCUGAAGCGACCUCUGCCUGCGAGGCUCUGACCACGUGCAGUCAAAAUACAGCAGCCAUUGACUACUUUGAGUGCUAUACGCAAGCCGGCAGCGACAAUACAAAGGUCAUGUACACGAUCUCGUCCAACUCAGCGGAGCUGUUGGCUCAGGUGCGCGAGGAGUACCGUCUGAUUGAUAAUGUCCAGUAUGAAUGCACUAACAAAUCGGAGCGCGCCUAUGUUGAGAAUACGGCGGCCACCUAUGAAAAUUUAGAUAGGUGUCUGGCGGGUCUUGAGCCAUUAACAACCACACCAGCUCCCACGACUGCUCCCACGACUGCUCCCACAACUGCUCCCACUUCUGCUCCAACUGAAGUUGAUACGACUCCAUCACCAACCACAGCUGGUCCAGCUGAAUCGACUCCAGGACCAACCACAGCUGCUCCAGCUGAAUCGACUCCAGGACCAACCACAGCUGGUCCAGCUGAAUCGACUCCAGGACCAACCACAGCUGCUCCAGCUGAAUCGACUCCAGGACCAACCACAGCUGCUCCAGCUGAAUCGACUCCAGGACCAACCACAGCUGCUCCAGCUGAAUCGACUCCAGGACCAACCACAGCUGCUCCAGCUGAAUCGACUCCAGGACCAACCACAGCUGGUCCAGCUGAAUCGACUCCAGGACCAACCUCAGCUGCCGAUUUACCCGAGGAGGAUCUGUCCAGCCUGUCCGAGCAACAGAACAAGCUGAAGCAGAUGAUGGAUGAAAUGAAGAAAUGGUUCAAACGCCAUUAAGCCAGCAUUUAGAAUAGGUCAAGUGCGCCACAGUAUAAAAAUCAGUACUUAACAAUUUAAAUACAUAUAUUAUUUAUAAAGACAA